AUGACCGCCCUUUCAGCGACCCUACGCCGCCCUUCCAUCGGCCCGUCCCCGCCCUUUCAGCGGCUCGUCGCCGCCCUUUCAGCGGCCCCACCGCCGCCCUUUCAGCGGCCCCGUAGCCGCCCGCCCUUUCAGCGGGCCCCGUCGCCACCCUUUCAGCGGCCCUUCGCCGCCCUUCCCGCGGCCCUGUCGCCGCCCUUCCACGGCCCCGGCUUUGAGCGCACUGCAUUCAACGGGUAUGUGGGGCUUUUGCUGGCAGUGCAGAAGCAGCCAGUGGUGGUUCACAUUGAAGCCACUGUUGCCUCCUUCGCCAAAUACGACGGGACUUUCAAGUACCAGGAUCCUGGCUGCUAUACCGGCAACCUGAACCACGUCGUACUCGUUGUUGGGUACUUCGUUUUGAGGGAUGAUGGGAGUGAGAACCGCAUUGCGCCGCCGUUUUGGAUCAUCCGCAACUCGUGGGGCGAGGAGUGGGGAGACAGGGGCCACAUGCGAAUGGACAUGCAGGGAGGCGAUGGCGUGUGUGGCAUCAACGUGCUGCCUGGCAUCUACCCCAUUGUCAAGAUGGACGUGUGUGGGUCGUACUUCAAGAACCCUUGCGCUGUGGGCACAUGCAUCAACGAUGGCAAGGGCGCCUACUCCUGCAUCUGCCCUCCCAACUACGUCCCCAGCCGAACCAUUGACAACUUCCCCACCUGCGACCCAGGUGCUGCUGCAGCCCCACCUUCCUCUACUCUCUUGUUCCUCCUCCAACAUUUGUAG